AUGGCGUCCUCCAGCAAAGACGCGGGCUCAUCUCUGUCUCUCUAUCAACCCCUCAACAAGAAUAAACGAGAGAUACGCCUUCUCGAGAUCCUCCCCAACACUCCUGACAGCAAAGCCAACUGA